UCACUGAGGGGCCGGUGGUGGGGCGGCAGUUGAGGCAGCGGCUGUCAGUGCUGCGGGCUUCAGCGCGCGUUGGCCGGCGGGGCGGGGGUUGUUCGGCUCCGACUCAGAGAGGCGGCGAGAGAAGAGAGCGGGCCAAGCCGGCCAGUCAGUUAGGUGGGCCGGCCGGCCGGCAGGCCCUUCGCCUGGGUGGGUCGGAGCGAGCGAGCUAUGGCCCAGCGAGUGCAGUCGGUGCAGGAGUUCCUUCAGGACUCGUUCGUGCCCUUGGUGGCCGCGCUGUGUAGCGAGGAGGCAGAGAGAGUCACCCGCAAGAACAACUUGGGCUUCUGUGAGCUGGUAAAGCCCUUCUGUCGCCUCACUUCGGAAGUGCACAUGAGAGAUCCCAACAACCAACUACACAUAAUCAAAAACUUGAAAAUUGCUGUCAACAACAUUAUUACUCAACCACCUCAACCAGGAGCCAUUCGGAAGCUUCUGAAUGAUGUUGUGACUGUUAGUCAGCCUGCUGAAGGAUUAGUAGCUAAUGUGAUUACUGCAGGAGAUUAUGAUCUCAACAUUAGUGAUCGGUCAUUUAAAGCUAGUGUUCCUUGGUACAGUAGUUGGAAAGACACACUGAUGGGACUGAACACAUCCACAUUUUAUUCAGCUACCACUCCAUGGUUUGAGGCUUAUCGAGAAAACUUUCUUCAGUGUAUGCCAGCAUCGGACCAUGAAUUCCUAAACCACUACGUUGCCUGUAUGCUUGUGGUUUCAUCUAGUGAACCAGAACCUGUGGAACAGUUUCUUAAACUCUCACAAGAACAACAUCGGAUUCAACAUAGCAAUGAAUAUUCUUAUCCAAAAUGGUUUAUUCCAAACACACUAAAAUAUUAUGUGUUGUUGCAUGAUGUGACUGCAGGAGAGGAACAAAGGGCUGAUUCAGUAUAUGAAGAAAUGAAGCAGAGAUAUGGGACUCAGGGAUGCUACUUACUUAAGAUAAAUUCUCGUGGGUCUAAUCGAGUAGCUGAUGAACAGAUUCCUGACCCCUGGAGCCAAUACCUCCAGAAAAACAGUAUCCAAACCCAGGAACCUUAUGAAGAUGGUCCAUAUACAGUAAUUUCAAAUAAGAAUUCCGAUCACUUUAUACCAGUGGAUGGGUUAGAUAAUGAUUCCAAAGAUGGUUUAUCAAAUAACUUUAAGAUUCAUCCACUCCAAUUGGAUCACACUAGCGACAGUUGUUUUGAUGGCACUGAUUAUGCAAAACCAAACGCAUCCAUGCUUGAAUCGAAGAAGUCAAAUACAUGGACACCUCAUGGCACCUGUUUGACACUCACAGAUCAUGAUCGAAUUCGGCAGUUCAUACAGGAAUUCACUUUUAGAGGACUUUUGCCACACAUCGAGAAAACUAUCAGGCAACUUAAUGACCAGUUGAUAUCCAGGAAAGGCUUGAGUCGAUCACUGUUUACUGCAACCAAAAAAUGGUUUAGUGGCAGUAAAGUUCCAGAGAAAAGUGUAAAUGAGCUGAAAAGCACUUCUGGUUUGUUGUACCCUCCGGAAGCACCAGAACUUCAAAUCAGGAAAAUGGCGGAUUUAUGUUUCUUGGUGCAACACUAUGAUCUAGCAUAUAGUUGCUAUCAUACGGCAAAGAAAGACUUUUUGAAUGAUCAAGCAAUGCUUUACGCAGCAGGAGCACUGGAAAUGGCAGCAGUAUCUGCUUUUCUUCAGCCGGGAGCACCAAGGCCAUACCCUGCUCAUUAUAUGGAUACUGCCAUUCAAACCUACAGGGAUAUCUGCAAGAACAUGAUGCUGGCAGAGAGAUGUGUGCUGCUUAGUGCUGAAAUAUUAAAAAGCCAAAGCAAAUACUCAGAGGCAGCUGCUCUCCUGAUACGUUUAACCAGUGAGAGUUCAGAUCUUCGGAGUGCACUGUUGCUGGAGCAAGCAGCACACUGUUUUAUAAACAUGAAAAAUCCUAUGGUUAGAAAAUUUGCUUUUCAUAUGAUACUGGCUGGCCAUAGGUAUAGUAAAGCAGGACAGAAGAAACAUGCAUUACGAUGUUAUUGUCAAGCCAUGCAAGUUUAUAAAGGGAAAGGGUGGUCACUUGCCGAAGAUCAUAUAAAUUUCACUAUUGGCCGCCAAUCUUUUACGCUUCGACAACUUGACAAUGCUGUAUCUGCCUUCAGGCAUAUUUUGAUCAAUGAUAGCAAGCAAACUGCUGCUCAGCAAGGGGCCUUCCUCCGAGAAUAUCUUUAUGUUUAUAAGAAUGUGAGUCAACUCUCACCUGAUGGACCUUUACCUCAGCUUCCUUUACCUUAUAUUAAUAGCUCUGCAACAAGAGUGUUCUUUGGACAUGACAGACAGCCAGCAAAAGGUGAAAAACAGGCAGCAACACACAUAAGCCUUGAUCAGGAAUUUGAAUUUGAAUUUUCACAUCAAUGGAGGGAGCUUGAAGAGCAAGUUGUGUCUACUGUUAACAAAGGCGCAACACUUCCUAACUUCCAACCAACGCAGUAUUGUCUGAACAGAUUUUCGGAUAACUCUAGGUUUCCACUUGGUGUAGUAGAAGAACCAAUAACUGUGGAAGUAGCUUUUAGAAAUCCAUUGAAAGUUCCACUAUCAUUAACCGACUUGUCACUACUUUGGAAAUUCCAGCCAAAGGAUUUCAAUUCAAAGAAUAAUGGAGAAGCAAAGGAACUGGAAACAUGUGGAAAAGAUAUGAUUGGAGCUAAAGUGAUAUCAGAAUUUUUGAUUAAUAGUGAAGAAACUAAAAUGGCAAGACUAAAGCUCUUUCCCCAUCAAACAGGGGAGCUACAUAUUCUGGGAGUCCUUUACAAUCUUGGCACUAUUCAGGGCACUACAGUGCUGGAUGGGAUAGAUCCUUCUGUUGGAUUGCAAACAGGAAAAUAUAACUCUAAUGUAAUAUCAGUACGAGGGCGACAAGAUUUGGAAAUCCAGGGCCCUCGCUUGAAUAAUACAAAAGAAGAGAAAACAUCUAUUAAAUAUGGUCCUGAUAGACGUUUAGAUCCCAUUAUUACAGAGGAAAUGCCUUUGCUAGAGGUAUUCUUUAUAAAUUUUCCUACAGAGCUGCUUUGUGGAGAAAUCCGAAAGACUUACGUAGAAUUUAUGAACGUAAGCAAAUGUCCUCUGACUGGAGUGAAAGUUGUCUCUAAACGGCCCGAGUUUUUCACCUUUGGUGGCAGCAAUGCCAUUCUGACACCACAAAGCCCAUCAGCAUCUGAACACUGCAGUGCUUACAAGACUGUUGUAACCCAUUCUACCUCUGUAUGUUCACUGAUGUCCUCAGCUGCUGCUUCAGACUUUGGGGUUGGAAUAGGAAGUCAACCUGAAGUAAUAGAUGUCCCACUUCCUGACUCUAUUCUUCUCCCUGGAGCUUCAGUACAGCUUCCCAUGUGGUUACGUGGACCAGAUGAAGAAGGUGUUCAUGAAAUAAAAUUUUUGUUUUACUAUGAAAAUAUUAGAAAACACUCAAAAAUGUGUCACAGAAUAUUAAGACACACUGCAGUUAUUUGUACCAGCCGAUCGCUGACAGUGCGAGCUACUGUUUAUCGAAGCAAUGCUCUUGAGGAUGAAAAAGGUGAAGGUGACAAUAUGCUAGUGUUUGUGGAUGUGGAAAAUAUCAAUACUAGUGAAGCUGGUGUAAAAGAAUUUCAUAUAGUACAAGUGUCUAGUAACAGUAAAAACUGGAAGCUACAGGAAUCCAUAAAUCUGUCUGAAGACAAAGACAUUAAGUUGGCUAACAGAGAGAAAGGAAAGUUGUGCUUGAAAGCAGUAAGAUGCAAACAUUCAUUAGAAACUUAUACAUUUGCAGAUAUCGUUUUUGGAAGUGAACAGAUAAUCAGUUCAACGAGUCCAUGUGCAGAUUUCUUUUUCCGAAGUUUGUAUUCUGAUUUAAAAAGAACUCAGACACAGCAAAACGUGCACACUUCGCAAGGACCUGCCAAACAGUCCCUUGACAAUGCUGUCAGAUUGAUACAGAAAUGUAGUGAGGUGGAUUUGAAUAUUAUUGUACUUUGGAAGGCAUAUGUUGUAGAAGAUAACAAGCAACUCAUUUUGGAAGGCCAGCAUCAUGUUGUACUUCAUACAGUAGGGAAAGAGGCUUUUUCAUUCCCUCAAAAGCAGGGUUUUAAAAAAAUACUUGGGAAUUCUGACUGGGAAGACUUGGAGCAGGAGUCACCAGAGAUAGGGGUCUCAAAUUUUUUUCGACCAGAAACUACAUCACUACCUGCCAAGCCAUCUACGGAUCAGUUUUCCAACCUUAUUAAAACUAGUCUUCAUUAUCCAGAAACCUUUAACCAUGCAUUUCAUCGGAAAAGCCUUUGUAUAGUUCCAGUCACUCUUCUUCUAUCAAAUUGCUCUCAGGCUGACGUUGAUGUUAUCAUUGAUCUACGACAUAAAACAACAAGUCCAGAAACACUUGAAAUUCAUGGUUCAUUUACCUGGCUUGGGCAAACACAACACAAACUUCAGCUGAAAAGCCAGGAAGUGUCUAGCCUGCAGUUAAAGGCCUGUUUCGUUCAUACAGGAGUUUAUAAUCUUGGAACCCCACGUGUAUUUGCCAAGCUUUCGGACCAGGUUACUUUGUUUGAAACAAGUCAACAGAACUCCAUGCCAGCACUGAUCAUCAUCAACAAUGUCUGACUUGCUACAGGAUUAUUUUAAGAACCAUAGAGAACAUUCUAAGUACUGUUAUUUACUGCAUUUCUUUGACCCUGCAACAUUGGCGUAUGAGCUGUUAAAAAUAUGUAGAUAAAAUACCAACAUACUAUGAUUACCUAUCUACUUCUGUUUCAUAAUGCCAGGCAAAUUGGACCGAAUGUCCAUUUUUAAAAAAGUAUUUCAGAAGUUAAAUGGAAUUACCCAUACAACUUUUAAAACUCAUAACAAAAUUGGGAAAUCCUCAUAUACCUUAGACCCUGUCAAAAUGCAGCUUUUCUCCUGUGAAAACCUUACAGCAUGUGUUAAUAUUUGUGGCUGUAUUAGGAGGCAAUUUAGGAGAAAGGCCAUUGUUGGCUAUUUUUUUCUUGGUCAAGCAAUCAGUUGUUAAUUACAUUGAUUCUGUGAAGUUCAACAAGAUCUAAAAAUACCAAUCUUCCCCAUUUGUUAUUUUCACUUUUUAAAAAGUGAAGUUGAGAUUUUCCUCAUGUACUGAAAGCCAAUCCUCCUUGCAUAUGAUUCCACUUUAAUAAUAUAAAUUUUUUGAAAACAAUUUGGUUAUUUUCUCAUUCAUCUCAGUACGAAAUGCACUAUUUCACAACCAGGAAAUGUUUAUCAUUUAAACUCAUUCAUUUUAUUAUGUAACUAUAACAACUCAGUUGAUCUGUUUAAAAGAUAAAUGACCAGUUAAUUAAGCUUUUCAAGAAAUGUAUUAUAUUUAUAACAAAUGUGCUGUAAAUAGAAUAAAAUGUGCACCCUA